AUGUCUUUUCGCAUCUUGGUGCUUGUAAGUUUUCUUGUGACGUCGCUCUCUCUCAACUGUAUCCUCUCUUAUCUCUACUACCACCUUCUCACUGAUAAUGCUUUAUGUGCAAGACAAAUGCAAUAUUGUGCCGCUCUUGCUCAAACUUCAAACGGGACUUAUAGAGAUAUAGCUACUUCAGCUGAAGGAUUUACCGAAAUUACAGGCGAUUCAACUACAGCCAUGGCAUCAUCACUUUCUGAUCUGACAGAGGAAGUUACACCUCAGGUGGAGGUUGUUGAAAUGGAGAUCUCUCAUGAGCAGCUCAAUCAGUUCGAUCCUCUCUUGUACCAAGAUAACUGCAGUUCAGAACUACAUGAUUUUCUAGUACAUGAUGUUAAAGGUCUUGUCAGUAGUUUUUCACCAGUUCUUGUUUCUAUACUCAGAACUACCAAGAAAUACAAGGAACAUAGCAGUAUAAGAAAUGUUCAUAAUGCUGCAAUACACACUGCAUUGCGAAAAGGGAUUUCCAAUAUUACUAAACCAAUUAUUGAAGACACUGCCGAUGUUAAUAUAAAAGGAUUGGGUGGCCAGACACCUUUACAUUUGGCCGCUUGGAGGGGAGACGAAUCUCUUGUGAAUCUGCUGAUAUCAAAAAAUGCUAAUUUAAACGUUUUAGACGAUUGCGAUGACACUCCAACUCACUAUUCAGUACGAGGAGGACAUCCGAAUAUAGUUAAGAUACUUCUCAAUCAUGGCGCUAAUGCUAAUAUUAGAGGUAAUUUUGGCAUGACACCGCUGUUUAUCGCUGUUGGUUUCGGCUAUGAAUCUAUAGUAAAUUUGAUGUUGUCAAAGAAUGCCAGUGUGGAUAUAAUGGACGAUGAAGGUAUCUCUCCCUUGCAUUUAGCAAUAUCUAAAAAAAGCAUAAACAUCGCCAAAGCUCUUCUCAAUAACGAAGCUAAUCCCGACAGCCAGGUAUAUGGAAAUACACCAUUGAUGAUCGCUGCUCGUUCUGCUGAUGAAGCUAUGAUAAAUUUAUUGCUUUCAAAGAAUGCAAGUGUGGAUAUCAGGGACAGGUAUGGUGAAACUGCCUUGCAUAAAGCAAUAAUUAGUAAUAACAUAAAGAUAGCCAAAGCUCUUCUCGAUAAUGGAGCUAAUGUCGAUAUCAAAGGAUAUAGAGGAGAGACACCUUUGAUGACCGCUGUUUGGAAUGAUGAUGAAGCUGUGAUAAAAUUAUUGCUUUCAAAGAAUGCAAGUGUGGAUAUCAAGGACUCGGAUGGUGGAACUGCCUUAAAUUUAGCAGUAACUUACAGGAAAAUAAACAUAGCCAAAGCUCUUCUCGAUAACGGAGCUAACAUCAAUACCAAGAACCAUUAUGGAGAGAUACCUUUGAUAACCGCUGUCAAUUAUGAUGAUGAAGCUAUGGUAAAUUUAUUGCUUUCAAAGAAUGCAAGUGUGGAUAUCAGAGACUGGUAUGGUAAUACCGCCUUGCAUAAAGCAAUAAUUAGUAAUAACAUAAAGAUAGCCAAAGCUCUUCUCGAUAAUGGAGCUAACAUCAAUACCAAGAACUACGUUGGAGAAACACCUUUGAUGACCACUGUUCAUUUUGCUGAUGAAACUAUGAUAAAUUUAUUGCUUUCAAAGAAUGCAAGUGUGGAUAUCAGGGACUCGGAUGGUGGAACUGCCUUGCAUUUAGCAAUAACUUACAGGAAAAUAAACAUAGCCAAAGCUCUUCUCGAUAACGGAGCUAACAUCAAUACCAAGAACUGUGAUGGAGAGACACCUUUGAUGGCCGCAGCUUUGAAUGGUGAUGAGGCUAUGGUGAGUUUAUUGUUGUCAAAGAAGGCAAGUGUGGAUGUUAAGAGCUUGAAUGGUAAUACUGCCUUGCACGAAGCAAUAACUGGAAGGGAUAUAAACAUAGUCAAAGCUCUUCUCGAUAAAGGAGCUGACGUCAAUAUCCAGGGACCUAAUGGAGAGACACCUUUGAUGGCUGCAGCUUUGAAUGGUGAUGAAGCUACGGUGGAUUUAUUGUUGUCAAAGAAUGCAAGUGUGGAUGUUAGGAGCUGGAAGGGUAAUACGGCAUUUUAUUCAAAACAAACUAAAGACAACAUCAACUUAGACAAAUAUUAUUUUAAUAACGUAGCUGACGUCUACAGCCAGAGAUAUGAAGGAGAUACGCCUCUAAUACAAGCUGUUAGGAAUAGUAAUGAAGCUAUGGUGAAUUUCUUGUUGUCAAAGAAUACAAGUGUGUAUAUAAUGAAUGAUGGUCUCUCUCUUUUGCAUUUAGCAAUAUUUAAAAAGAAUAUCAACAUAACCAAAGCUCUUCUCAUUAAAGGAGCUAACAUCAAUAUGACACCUGACGAAAAAAUGACACCGUUGAUGGCCGCAGUUUGGAAUAAUGAUGAAGACAUGGUAACUUUAUUGUUGUCAAAUAAUGCAAGUGUGGAUAUACAGACGUUCCAUAGUAUUACUGCCCUGGAUUUAGCAAUAAUUCUAAAUAACAUAAAUAUAGCCAAAAUUCUUCUCAACAGCGGAGCAAACGCCAACAAGAGAUAUAAAGGAGUGAGUUCUUUAAUGACCGCUAUUUUGAUUGGUAAUGAAGCUAUGGUAAAUUUAUUGCUGUCGAAGAAUGCAAUUGUGGAUACAAAAAACGAAAAUUUCUUGCAUUUAGCAAUAUCUAAAAAGAGUAUAAACAUAGUCAAAGCUCUUCUCGAUAACGGAGCUAACAUUAAUAUGAAUGGAUAUAAUGGAGAGACACCUUUGAUGACAGCUGUUUGGAAUGAUGAUGAAGUUAUGGUGAAUUUAUUGCUUUCGCAGAAUGCAAGUGUGAAUGUAAAGAACAAGGAUAAUAAUACUGCCUUGCAUUUAGCAAUAACUAAAAGGAACAUAAACAUAUCUAAAACUCUUCUAGAUAAAGGAGGUAACAUCAAUAGCCAUGGAAAUGGCGGAAUGACACCUUUGAUUAAAGCUGUUUUAAGUGCUGAAGAAGCGAUGGUGAAUUUACUUAUAUUUAGCAAUGCUUCUUUAGAAAUAACAGACGAUUUCGGUAAUGGCGCAAUACACUUUGCAGCUUGGGAUGGAAAAAUUGAAGUCAUUGAGAUGCUUCUUGAUCAUGGUGCAGAUAUCAAUAGCAGAGGAGAAAAUGGCAAAACACCUCUACAUUUUGCAGUCCGGAAGGACGAUAACAAAAUGAAGAGAGCAUUACUGAAAGAACUAAAAAUUGUUUACAAUGAAAUGUUCAACAUUGAAAAUAAAACAAUCUUUGUAAUGGAGACCCUCUUAAAACAUGGAGCCAAACUGAAUUCGCAAAAUUAUUUCGGACAAACAGUUCUCCAUGAAACUGCUGCUUUAGGUUAUAACCGAGUCGUUGACUACCUGCUUUCACAGAACGCUAGUUUCAGUAUCGAAGAUUAUGUUUGCUUCACACCAUUCCAGUGGGCAGCUAAUAAUGGAAAUGUUGAUGUGAUAAAGACCUUGUUAGAAGGCGGGGAUGAUGUCAAUCGAAAAGGUUGUAAUGGCGUCACAGCCUUACACUUAGCAAUCAAAAGAAAUGACACUAAGUUUAUUAAAUACCUUUUAUCCAAGAAGGCUGAUCCGAAUGUGAUGAGCGAAGACGGACGAACCCCUUUAGAUCUAACUUUCGAUCCUUUAUUAAAGGACGUUAUGAAAUUACUUCUUGCUCAUGGAGCCAAAGUGGAAGAUAACAGUUUCUUAGGAUCGAAAAUUCUUUUCGAUGCGGUUUCAAAUAAAUCAAUAGAAGUAAUAACGCUUCUGUUGGAUAACAGUGAAAAUUUCGACUCCUAUCCUACAGUUAUUCUCAACCAUGCCAUUGGGACACUGUUUUCAGAAGGAUUUAAUAUGCUCAUCUCUCACGGAGCAGAUAUUGUGGAGAAAGACAUCCACGGUAAUCUCCCCCUUACUUUAGCAGUUAUGUCAAGAAGUACUGAGUUCGUUAAAUUAAUUUUAAGAACAGGAAAUGAUACAAUCAGUGAAAAGAAUUUUCAAACUUUUUUAGAUGCAGAUUGUGACGUAAAGCUUUUUACAUCAAGGAACGACGUUAUUCUGAUUUAUAAUGCGACAGCACUACACGUUGCGUCCUACUGCAGUCUCAAGGAUGUGGUUGAACUGUUGAUAUCAUACGGCGCUUCCUUAGAUGUAGGAGAUAACCGGGGAUAUUCAUCACUCCAUUACGCCUGUGAGAAUGAUCAUGUGGAAGUUGUGGAACUGCUAUUGAGUUCUGGAUCCAACAAAAGUCCUGCCGAUAUCAAUGGCACCACUCCCCUACACAUCGCCUGCAGAAAAGGUCUCCUUCCAAUUGUUAAAUUACUACUUUCUGAUCCACCAGCAGCCAUCGACCAAGCAGAUAACAGUGGAUACACACCUCUUCAUUUUGCAGCUAUGAACGGAUUUAUAGAAAUAGCCGAAUAUUUAUUGGAUCUUAAUGCUUAUAAAGAAGGUAAAACCAUUGAUUUAAAAACUCCACUUCAUUUAGCAUCACGCGAGGGUCAUGUUAAAAUAGUGAGCAUCUUAUUGGAGAAAGGAGCUGAAAAAGAUGCAUCUGACAUUGAUGGCAUGACUCCAUUACAUUUCGCAGCAAGAGAAAAACACGUAUAUGUAGUUUGGGAGAUGAUUUAUUUCGCAGCUUCCGUCAACAACCGAAACAAAAACGGCAGCACACCAUUACAUCUGGUAUGCGAAUGGAGUGUCAAAUCCGCAGAGAUGAUCAUUUAUCAUCUUCUAGGCAGUGGAGCAGAUAUCGAAGCAAAAGACCACAACCAAAUGACCCCUUUACAUAUAGCAUCAAGAGGCAGUUCCCCAGAAGUCGUAGAGUACCUACUGAGCAAAGGAGCAAACAAAUUCAGUAGGGAUGCAUUGCUCAACCUACCUAUCCAUUACGCCGCAUCAUUCGGGUAUUAUGACGUAAUACUCAAGUUAUUGCAGAAGGAAAUAACUAAUAGUAAAAUUGACUCGAGGCAAAUUAUAUCUGUGAACAUUUAUAAAGAAACCCCUUUGUUCUUGGCUGCCAGAGAAGGGCACACUAAGGUGGUAGCUUUGCUCUUGCAGGUCGGAGUCGAAACUGUUCAGCCUGACAUCAAUGAGAGGAAUGCUUUGCACCGCAGCGCUGCCAGAGGUCACUUCGAGAUAGUAAAACUCCUUUGCCAAGCCCUUUUAAAUAAAGAAAAAGAAGAUAAAUGGGGAUUUACAGGAUUAAACUACGGUGCUUCUUGGAAAGGACACCAGGAAGUUAUAGGAUACCUUUCGGCUACUCAACUAAACCUAACAUUGUCAUAUUAUUUAAAGAAAUCAAAUCCUUUGCAAGAUAAUUUGGAUGAGCAGAUUUCAAUAAAGGUAAAAAAGUUACCUGGUAUAAAGUCGGUAAUACGUUAUUCUUUUAACGUAAAUAAAGGAAAGUUCAGGUACAUUUAUUCACCUGAUGACUAA